UUAAUCAACCCUGAGUUGAAACACAAAACAUAUAUACCAUUCUUGAAGAAGUAAAAAUGGUUGCCACCACCUUCCUUAUACUGACCAUCAUUUCCAAGACAUGCAUUAUUGCUUUAUCAACCAAUAUAUCUUCACCAAAAUUAUUCCCUGCCAUUUUGAUCUUCGGAGAUUCAACGGUGGAUACUGGGAAUAACAAUUACCUAAUUAACGCAUUUUUUAAGGGUAAUCAUUACCCUUAUGGCAAAGAUUUCCCCGGUCAUGUUCCUACAGGAAGGUUUUCUAAUGGAAAACUUGUACCUGACUUCAUUGCCUCUAUGCUAAAUAUCAAAGACAUUGUUCCGCCAUUCCUGAAACCAAACCUCUCGGAUGAGGAACUCCUAACCGGUGUCAGCUUUGCUUCAGCAGGAGCCGGAUAUGAUGAUUUGACUACUGUUGCAUCCGGAGCCAUCUCAUUUUCUAAGCAAGUUGAUGACUAUUUCAAGAAAUACAUAGAAAGAAUUCAGGGUAUAGUAGGAGAGAAAGAAGCAAAAAAGAUAGUUAAACGAGCUUUGGUUCUAGUAAGUGCAGGAACCAAUGACUUUGGCUUCAAUUUCUAUAACACACCCACAAGAAGGUUAGAGUUUGAUAUUAAUGGGUACCAAGAUUUUCUGCAGAAAAAUCUGAAGAAGUACAUUGAGGAACUUUAUGAUCUUGGCUGUCGUAAAAUAGUAGUUUCUGGGCUUCCUCCUAUCGGCUGCUUGCCUAUUCAAAUGACUGUAAAAUUUGAGAACCCCUCGGAUCGAAAAUGUUUAGAGGAUGAGAAUUUUGAUGCUCAAACUUACAACUACAAGCUUUCAAAGCUGUUAGCUCGUUUACAGGCAUUGCUUCCUGGAAGCAAACUUGUGUAUGCAGAUAUCUAUGGCCCAUUGAUCGAUAUGAUCAAUCAUUCACAGAAGUAUGGUUUCGUGGAAACAAAUAGAGGGUGUUGUGGGACCGGUUUACUGGAAGCGGGACUAUUUUGUAAUUCGCUUACGCCGCCAUGUAACGACGUGUCAAAAUACUUGUUCUGGGACAUCGCACAUCCAAGUGAAGCAGCUUAUCAGUUUCUUUCUGUACAUUUCGAAAAGGAAGUCCUUCCCAAGCUCUUACAAUAACCAUUCACAGCCGCUGACAUAUUCAAUUGGAUAAAUGAAGGCUUACUGAUGGCAAAGAGCUACCAUGUUUCUGCCAUUAGAUAGCUUCACGUUAAGAAGAAAUGGGAAAUACAGCGCUAUACUGUGUAAAUGCUUAAUGUUUAUUAUAAUUUAAGAUAUGCAUUGUAUCAUGUGUAUAUAAUCAUUAAUAUUUAUAAUUUAAAUUGGAUA